CAAUAAAAAAUACAAAUCAUAUUGCCGGUACGGUAGACUGCGUACAGCCUUCCUUCUAAUACAAAAGUUAACACUGCCGUAGCUUAAGUUUAAGAGCUGAUUUUCGUUCACUUUACCGGUGGAUAGCUAUCGUCGGCUGCGUGUCGGUGUGUUAUAUUCGUAAUAGUUUCUUACUAUGUAAGAAAAUAUUUAUUUAUUCCUAUUACUCGCUGGUGGUUUCCAUGCUAACUUUAAAAAUUUUGUGCCAGUGUCGACGGAUGCCUGGCGUACGGGACCUCAGACUACUUCGCGUAGGCUGUCUAAGUACCCAGGCUACUGUCGAGUUGUCGAAGAUUCGAAAUAUCGGUAUUAUCGCGCACAUUGAUGCCGGCAAGACGACAACGACCGAGCGAAUGCUCUACUAUUCAGGUUUCACCCAGACAAUGGGCGAAGUUCAUGAUGGCGAUACCGUCACGGAUUAUAUGCCACAGGAACGCGAACGUGGGAUCACGAUAACCGCGGCGACUAUCACGUUUCCUUGGAAGGGUCACGCCAUUAAUUUGAUCGAUACACCUGGACAUGUAGAUUUCACCGUCGAGGUCGAACGAAGCCUCCGCGUUCUCGAUGGGGCCGUCACAAUACUCGAUGCGUCGGCUGGGGUUGAAGCCCAAACUAUGACCGUAUGGCGUCAGGCAGAUUACUACCGCUUACCUAGGCUUAUCUAUCUAAACAAAAUGGACAAAGAUCGUGCCGAUUUUAACGCGUGUUUAUGCGACAUUGAGCAGAAGCUUCGUAUUCGACCAUUGAUUUGCCAACUACCAGUAAUCAAUCCUAACACUGGUCACUUUUGCGGUAUGUUUGAUCUUGUAAGGAUGCAGGAAUUCGUGUGGGACCCCAAUGAUGCAUCGAAAGGCUCCAGAUUUCAGACAAUACCUGGCGAAUAUUCACAGAUGCUAAAUAAUGCUCUAGCAAUGAGAUCUAAACUUAUUGAAGACCUGGGUGCCAUUGAUGAUGCGUUUGCGGAGCGCUUCGUGUUAUCCAGUGCUGAGCCUACAGCAGCCGACAUUAAGGAUGCAAUCAGAAAGGCAACGAGAUGCAAAGCUGUCAUUCCGCUACUCUGUGGCAGUUCAUACAAGAACAUCGGAGUGCAACUGCUGCUUGAUGCCAUUGUGAAUUAUUUGCCCGAUCCAUCAUUUGCAGUCCCAAAAGAAGUUUGCAAAUUCUACUCAGAGAAGGACACAGUUGCCAUGGCUUUUAAGAUUGUUCACACGAAGUUUAAGGGCCCUUUAACCUUUGUGAGGAUCUAUUCUGGACAGCUUGAUGCAGGUCAAAGAAUUUACAUCAUGAACAGAGAAAUUAACGAGAAGUGUGGUGAACUCCUCCAAGUAAAUGCUGAUGAAUACGUACCGAUACAGCAGGCUGGUCAAGGAAGUAUUGUUGCGAUCUCGGGGCUAAAAUACACUACUACAGGCGACACUAUAGUCGGCUUGGGAUCAACGGGUUCUUUUGUAGUAAACAAAGAUUCUACCGUAAAAAAAAACGCUAUUCUCUUUGAAUUUCAGCCACCUGAUCCGGUAUACCAGUGUAGAAUUGAAGCUUCUUCGCUCGGACAGCAGAAACAACUCGAGCAUGCCCUGAAAUGUCUUCAGCGUGAGGAUCCAAGUCUGGUUGUGAUUCACCAGGAAUCAACAGGCGAGAUACAAAUCGCCGGCAUGGGCGAACUGCACAUCGAGAUCGUUCGAGAUCGAAUCAAGCGGGAGUUCAAGGUUGAGCCUCAUCUUGGCCCUCUGCAAAUCGCCUACCGUGAAAGGCUGUCACAAAGCAUAGCUGGCCUUAUGCAUGUUCUAGAUAAAACUCUCGCUGGCCAUAAACACUACGUGGAAGUUGGCCUCGACAUCCGUAAGAUUCCCAAGACGGACAAAAAGGAACCUUUAAUGAAACUACAUGUCACAGAUGAGAAUGGCCUUGGUAAAAUUCGCUCAUUCCAUUUCAAGGCACUCGAAAAUGGUGUAAAGCUAACAUUGGCUCAUGGCCCAAUAUUGGGCUUCCCACUUUCCGGAGCCCAGAUUGUACUAAAUCACUUCGUCGUUGCCAAUUCCACUAGCCUGCCCAUGGUCACGGCUGCAAUGGCUCAGUGUAUCCAAAACGGACUCAAAUCUUCUUCUGAAGUGGUCGAACUGAUGGAACCCCAUAUGGAACUCGAAAUUUCAGUUCCGAAUGAGUAUUUAGGAAAAACACUCUCCGACCUUUCAAGGCGUCGAGCCCAGAUCAAAAAUAUUGGCGAGCGCACUGGAAAUCGGAUAAUUUUCGCUAAAUGUCCGCUUUCUGAAUUACGGCAUUACUCUACAGAGCUACGAACGCUCACUUCCGGACGAGCCACAUUCAUAAUGGAGCUGGAUACAUAUGAAGCUAUGAGCACGGCGGAAACCUCGGCCAUAUUAAGAAAAGCGGCUGGUCUCCAGUAGUAGUGUGAUUUGGUGAUUUAACAAUUAGAAUAAGAAGUAAAUUAUUACAAUAUUAUUAUUAUUAUUAUUGUAGAAAGUUUCUACAAUACAGGCGUCCACAAUACAGUGAAUUAUAUAGUUUGUUAUAUUGUAGGAAUUAAUAAUAAAUAUAAAUACGUUACAGAUCAUA